AUGCAAUUGCGCGGGCAGCAGCUCGAGAUCUUGGCGGUUUCCAUUGUUUUGAUUGUUGUCGCAACGAUCUCGAUUGUGCUCCGAUUCUACUCGCGCCAUGUUAUGCGUGCUGGCCUGUGGUACGAUGACUGGUGCAGCCUUGCGGCUUUGAUCUUGUCCUAUGCGAUGAACAUUCAACAAUUCUACAGAGAGCAUACAGCCGAGCUUGCCGACCCAGAUGCAGCGAUACUCUGCUUUUUGAAGGGCCUGUACGCCAUUGAACCUUGCUACAUCGUCUGCAUGUCCACCAUCAAAGCAGCAAUGGUGCUCCUAUACUGGAGGCUAUUCAACGCAAAACAACAAAUGAGAUAUGCACUAUUCCUGGCCGCAGCAAUGCUUAUUAUUUGGACAUUUGUGUCCCUUUUCGUCGGGAUAUUUCAAUGCAGUCCCAUUCAGAGAUAUUGGAACAAGCUCAUACCUGGGCAUUGCAUAGAUGGACUUCUCUACUUCCGUGCUAUUGCUGGUACAAAUCUCGUCACCGACUUCUACGUCCUUGUUCUGCCUUUGCCCAUCUUAUGGGGUCUUGUAAAUCGUCCGAUCAGCGAGAAACUCGCGCUGACGGUGAUUUUUGCUCUGGGAACCUUUGUAUCUUUAAUUAGCAUUGUACGGAUAGUACUCUUAACGUCACCUACUGACCCUGAUCCGAUGUAUGACUCCACUCCCGGCACUAUAUGGACAUCAGUCGAGACCAGUAUUGGAGUUUUGUGUGUGAAUCUCCCCGCCAUGUCACCUUUAUUUCGAAAAAUCUUUUUGCCCCGAUUUCAAACGUCAAAUAUCCGAACUUCGUACCCGACAGUUAAAAAGUCAUCAGGGAACAGUUCAGCGCCUCGAGCCAAGACCUCGUCGUCAAGCUUGAGGCCGUUCAAUAGGGAAGAUCCGGGGUCCAGCGGACAGCAACAGCAUGUUUUUGUCACCACGAGCUUUCAAGUAAUGAGACCGGAUAGCGGCGCUAUUGAUCUGGAGGAUUGGACAGAUCCCACGACCCGACACCCCCAGGACGGGUCAUCGUGA